CGCGUGUGCCGGUUUGCCGUGUACCGUGCCGCCUAGCCGAUUCUGGGAGAAUACGCGACGUCUCGCCACACUGGCAGCGAAGCGGUCAUCGCGUUUGUGUGAACCUUCUCGGAUCCGCGUGUUCCGUCGGAGAGAGAAUUACUAGUGUCCUUCCGUAUCUGGCUUCUAAGUGCCAACUUCGUGUGUGGUGUACCAGUGUUGGAAGAAUAGUGGACCAACAGUGAUCAUUCAUCGACUACUUGUAUGAUACUUCACAUCAAAGCAAGUGGAGACGCGUGCUACGCCCGUGGGCACUCGUAGACGCGGAGGAGCCGAUGAACUUGGCAACUGCCGCCAAGUCUCGAAAUAAGUGCAGCGUAGUGCAAGCGCCGCCGCUAGUGUUUGUGCUGUUGACGUAACUACAGUAUCUCUCUUCCUCUCGCUGUGCUUCCUGCGAUACCGGCGCUGGUCUUUCCGCUCUGCUUCCCUUGCAAAUGCUGUGUCUUUUUUUUCUCCUCGGUGGUAAGUGUGAUGCUUUGUAGCAACUGACAAGAGCAGUGCCGUGUGGUGUGAUGACUGUGGAGCGCGAGGCGCGACACAUUGGACAGUCCGCAAUCGGCACGUGUGAGGCCACCAUUGCCAAGCGCGCACUCUGAGCCAGCGUUGCGCUGCACCUGCGGCAGGUUCGGGAUCUCGUCCGUAGGAUGACGCCUGCGUCAGGCGCUGACGCGGGCCCCCAGACUGAGAAAUAAGUCCUGCAGAAGCGGGCGCGCCGCUCCGAGGCAGGUGGGAUGCGGCGCUGCGGCCGGUGGAACGCCGGCCCACCAGCUGGCGUGUCGGCCAAGGUCACCGUAACCACAACCACAGCCAGCAGCGGCCGCUCGGACCGGCGGGGUCCCUGGUUCCCGCCUCGGCAGCAGUAGCGACCGCGGCAGUCACCGGCGACAUGCGGCUUCGCCCAGACAAGCUGUGCUGUCGCUACAGCGUCACCAGCGCGCUCCGGGGAGCAGUUUCCUGCUGCCGCCGGUCCAGCCUCACCUCCUCCACGCGACGAAGGAAAGCGGUUGGCAGCGACGGUUCGGAGAGGGUUCUGCGUUCGACGCCCGACUGGGGCGAGGCCGCGCUCAACGGGGACCACCUGUGGGUUCCCACGUCUGCCUCUGGGGACUUCUGCUACGUGGGCGACGCCGACUGCUCGAAACACGGCCCGCGGAUGAAGUGUGCGGCGUGCAAGAUCAUCGCGCACACGAGCUGCAUCGCGACGCUGAUGGACCGCGUGCGCUUCACGUGCAAGCCGACGUUCCGCGACGUGGGCGUGCGCCAGUACCGCGAGCACACCUCCAUCCACCACCACUGGGUCCACCGGCGCUCCCAGAAGGGCAAGUGCAAGCAGUGCGGCAAGUCGUUCCAGUCGAAGCUGUCCUUCAGCUCUAAAGAGAUUGUGGCGAUCAGCUGUUCGUGGUGCAAGACGGCCUACCACAACAAGGAGUCCUGCUUCAAUCUUCAGAAGAUUGGAGAGGAGUGUAAUCUUGGAAUUCAUGCGGAGAUUGUAGUGCCUCCUUCGUGGAUUGUUAAACUGCCUCGAAGAGGAAGUUUUAAAUCCAGUUUACGAAAAUCUCCAAAGAAAAAGACUGCAAGCAAGAAAAAAAGCAAGGAGAAGAGUGACAAGGACCAAAAGACAUUUGUGAUAAAGCCAAUUCCUACAACAUCUGUGAAACCUGUGAUUGUGUUUAUUAACCCAAAGUCUGGUGGAAAUCAAGGGGCGAAACUGCUUCAGAAGUUCCAGUGGCUGUUAAAUCCCCGGCAGGUUUUUGACCUCACUCAGGGUGGACCCAAGAUGGGGCUGGAGAUGUUUCGUAAAGUUCCUAACCUGCGUGUACUGGCAUGCGGAGGUGAUGGGACCGUAGGAUGGGUUCUAUCAAUACUCGACCAGAUAGCGAUAUCUCCAGCCCCUGCCGUUGGAGUGCUGCCACUUGGUACUGGUAAUGAUCUUGCCAGGGCUCUGGGAUGGGGAGGGGGCUACACAGAUGAACCAAUUUCUAAAAUACUGGCAAAUAUUGCUGAUGGAGACGUGGUUCAGUUGGACAGGUGGGAACUUAAAGUUGAAAAGAAUCCAGAAGCAGAAGCUAAUGAAGAAGGAAAGGACAAUUUGCCUUUAAACGUUGUAAAUAACUAUUUCUCCCUUGGUGUUGAUGCUCAUAUAGCACUGGAAUUUCAUGAGGCAAGAGAAGCACAUCCUGAGCGUUUCAACUCUCGCCUUCGGAAUAAGAUGUUCUAUGGACAAGCUGGUGGGAAAGAUCUUUUGAGGCGGAAAUGGAAAGGACUUGCAGAAUUAGUCACAUUAGAAUGUGAUGGUAAAGACAUAACUCCUAAGUUGAGGGAUCAUAAGGUCCAUGCAAUUGUGUUUCUCAACAUUCCAAGUUAUGGUGGUGGCACUCAUCCCUGGAAUCGAGCAGGAGGUAAUGUGGAACCAGCAACUGAUGAUGGCCUUAUAGAAGUUGUUGGACUCACAACAUAUCAGUUGCCUUUGCUGCAAGCUGGUGGACAUGGAACCUGUAUCACACAGUGCAAGUCGGCUCGAAUUGUUACUACCAAGACAAUACCCAUGCAGGUAGAUGGUGAAGCCUGCAAGCUCAACCCUUCAAUAAUCACCAUGACAUUAUUAAAUAAAGCCCCAAUGCUUGCCAAAAGAAGAGGUGGUAAAGCAAAUGUUCAACAGACUGCCUUGGAACAGCUCAAGAUUAGUGUGUACCGAAUUAGUAUGUCAGAUUAUGAACAACACCAUUAUGACAAGGAACUAUUGAAACAAACAGCAAUCUCCUUGGGAGUGAUAGAGGUGAAUCCAGUCUCGGACUUGGAACAAGUCAGAAAAAUGAUUAACAGGCUGCAGGAAGAUGCAACUAGCACCACUGAAAACAACAACCAGUUUGCGAACAAACUGUCACCGGACUGGUGCUUUGUUGAUUCCUGCACUGCAGAGAGGUUUUUCCGUGUGGACCGGGCACAGGAACAUCUCCAUUAUGUUGUUGACAUAGCAACAGAAAAUCUUUAUGUUCUUGAUACUGAAAAUGCAACAGUGCCUCCAACUCCAGAAGAUGAAACAGUAUUAUCUUCACCCAAUGCAAAUGAACACAAACCAAUAGCAAACAAUGUCCUUAGAAUAGAAGGGGCAGGAGGAGAAACCACACCAGAGUUGAGUGAUGGAUCUCGGGAAGAUGAUGGAAAGUUCGAACGUUCAUAUGGAACUGGGGGCUCGCGUGAUGAUGAUGAGUCGCCCAGUUGGAGAGGGCCUAGUGAAGAAAUGCUUAAUGAAGAGCUAGCAGGUGGAAGAGUACCUCGUUCACAUUCAGAUGACAUCAUUAGUAAGCAGAAAAAGACGAGCCCAGAAGAGAAAUAUAAUAUGAGUCUUUCGUCACCAGGGGGGAAUGUUAAUUAUCUUAGCAUUCAUGAUAGACUUUUUGGAUUAAAUUUUGCUUCCUUCGGCAAUCUGCUGGAAAAAACAACAGAGGGGAUCCUAAAGGCAGCUAAAUUGGGUGAUAUAAAACUGCUCAAAAAUCUGCACUCCCAGGGAUAUUCUUUGCUGUCCAUUGAUUCUAAUGGACAGACGGCAUUACAUUAUGGUUCUAGAUAUGGUCACAAGGAUAUUGUGAAGUACCUGAUUGCAUGUGCUCCAGCAUCAAUACUCAACAUGGCAGACAAUGACAAGGGACAAACAGCAUUGCACAAAGCAGCUGCACACAAACGCCGCAGCAUAUGCUGCAUGCUGGUAGCUGGGGGGGCCUCCCUCACCAUCCAGGAUCGCCACGGCAACACACCGAAGAUGCUAGCACAGCAGGCUGAGGACCACGAGCUGGCUGCCUAUCUGGAGAGCCAGGAACAUUUCCAGUUGGUUGCUGAAGAUGUGGAGACUGUUGUCUGAGACUGUGCUAACAUUGGUUGCUCAAGACAAAAGAAACAAAUGGACCAAGAUUGUUACUAUGGCUUUGAAGAUUUAAUGAAUGUCACUGGACCAAUAAUCAUUAUGUAACUCGAACAGAACUGUGUAGCAGAACUGAAGAGUAGGAAAUUAGAAAUCUGUAUUUUAAGGCUUGGUGAUCUUCAUUUUGCAAUCAGUUUAAAGAAAAUAUAGACUAAAAGUUGAUAUUUCCGCUGUACAGACUUUUAUACAAGUGAAAAAAAAGAAAAAAAAAAACCAAGAUACACAUAUAUUGUUCAUAUUAUAUGAAGAUG